AUGGUUAAUGUUCUCUAUUCACUUGUCGAUGUUAAUCAACGGUUUGAUCAAUUAGUACUUGAUCCACUUUAUAUUCGUAAUCUUGAUAUGACUUCUAUGAUGAUGAAAUCAUAUCAUGAUCGUAUCUACUCUAUAGACAAUCAAGUUCUUUCAAGAAUUUGUAAAAAUAUUUUACCUCAAAUUCACCAUCAAAUAUAUGAACUCAUUGUUGAACAACAUUCAAUGGAACUUGUUCUUCAUACUAUCCAUUAUCCACAGCUUUACUCAUUAUCACUAAUAGAUUUUCAAGAAGAAGUACUUCUCAAGUAUUUAAGAGACAUAAGUUAA